UUUUGUUCGAUCAAUCGAAAAAUUCGUUUGGACUAUUCCAAAGAAGUGUUUAUUUGAUUCAACCAAAUCGUUCUCUCUGUGUACGUCUUCUGUAACUUGAGUAACUUGCGAACAAAAAUAAUUCGAUAUUCAGGUUAUUAAUUUGCUAAUAAAUAACGGAUGAAUAUAUUGUAUAACCAUCUAGGUACUCGGAUAAUAGAGAUAUCCGAUAGUUAGUGGUUAUACUAAUAGCAUUAACAUACAUAACGUGUUAAUGUUCAAUUAUCUGUCUUGUUUAUUGUGAGGCGCGUUUAAUUAAUACCGAUUAUCUCAACGAUUUUCGCGGUCUAUUAAGAUGCCACCUGCGCUUUUCCAGGACGUGGCUUGUAAAAGGCGCACAUAAAAAUGGCUAUCGUUAUUUAGCAAUUACGGUUAAUGGUAUUUAUUGCGCUGUUGCGCUGUUGAGCUUGAUCGAUCGUUAAUUUUUCAUUGUUCGACGAGAUAACACUGCGUAUUAUCGAUCGCGCGCUCGAAGUACCGACCGAGAAUUGUCGGGAAUUUAUGGAUUUCGGAUAAAAAUCACGCGACAUUGUGCAAAAGUAUUUGAAAUCUUUUUAUAUAGGCUGUUUUUAAAACAAGUGUUCGAAGCUUAGGGAUAUAGUCUACCAUCGUUGAGUUUAUCGCAACGAUGGAAGAAAUAUUUGUACGAAAGUCGGACGAGUUCGGAAAUGCUUUUUUCUUCGACUUGUAAACAUAUCUCUUCUCGCGACGCUCCUGCAAGAUCGCGUAUCAAGUCGCGAGCGCGAAUAUUUACUUUUAUACUUGAAAGUCACAUAUAGUACAAGAGUAUAAUAUCUAAACGCGCUCGACGUUAUGCGUGCGACGAAAUGCGUGCGCUCGACGUUAUGAUGAAACAGUCGUAACACGCGCCCCGAACAAUGAGCUCGGUCGUAUUGUUAUUGAUGUAAAUGACGCAGGGUUAAACGACCAUGAGAGAAUCCGGAUAGACGUGUCAGACCUCGAUUAAGUGCAUAUGUGGUUAACGCGACAAAGAGAGUGAGAAAGAGAGCGACGUUGUGCAACGUUCAGUACGCGAAGAGGGCGCAUAACAGUCGCAUAAACGGAAACGACGUCAUUGCAUAUGCAUACAUGCAAAAAGAACGAAAGCCGUAGGAGAACAAUAACGAGGUCUUCGGUCUGUAUCGAACCUUUUUGUCGUUUGACGCGUGUCAGGAUUGAUUGUGCCAACGUCACGGGCUCGUGAUUGACGGAAAAGGAAAUACUAAGAAUAAAACAGCUUAUUAGUCCACAGAUCGAUUUAAAUUUGUAUUAAAUAAGGAAAACGAGAGAGAAGAUUUCGCGUUAAGACAGAAGAGUUAUGAAUGAGAGACAAUGGCUUCAGCAGCGGAUCCCUACCCGGAAAUUGCGGAGUCCGAGGAAAGAGAAAAUCCGGGAUUCUGUAGAUUGUUGUUGAGGUUCCUAGCCAUUUACUGGCGAUCCAUUAUCGUGGUGUUAUGGCCGCUGAUUUUGUCUCCGUUGCUGAUAAUCGAACAUCAGAAUCCUCUUGCUAUGCAAUGUUUAUACGUCGUCGCGUUGAUGGCGAUGUUCUGGGUGACUGAAGUUCUACCUUUGCCUAUCACCGGCCUGAUUCCGGUGGUUUUGUAUCCAUUGAUGGGCAUCAUGUCCACCAGCGACACUUGUCUGUGUUACAUGAACGAUACCACGAUGAUGUUCCUGGGGAGUCUGGUAAUCGCGGUGGUAAUCGAGAAUUCCGGUUUGCACAUGCGAGUGGCAUUGCUCAUUAUCAAGACGAUAGGCUGCAGUCAUCGGAGGUUAACUUUAGGCUUAUUUUUUGUAACAAUGUUUAUCUCAAUGUGGAUUUCAAACACCGCCGCUACGGCCAUGAUGAUACCUAUAAUGGAAACUGUCCUCAUGGAACUUGAAGCACAAGGACUUGGGAACAUGUUCAUUCCAAAUGAAAAUAUAGACAAUGUAGAGUCCGGUGAAACGUCUAAAAAGCCGACGCACACUACCAUGGUGUACUAUCUAGUCGCAACUUAUGCGUCUAGCCUCGGUGGUAUCGGUACUAUAGUCGGGUCUGGGACCAAUUUGACGUUAAAAGGUUUUCUUGAGAAACGCUUUCCUGAAAGUCCCGGCAUAAACUUCGCUUCCUGGAUGCUUUAUGCGGUGCCACCCAUGCUAUUGAUGGGCUUUUUCACGUGGUUGUGGUUGCAAGUGAUGUAUAUGGGCCUUUUUAGACCACAAAGCAAAGAUGCUCGCGCCAUCGAUAUUGGAAAACAGGGUGAGCGAGUCACAGCAGCUGUUAUCGAGAAGAAAUACAAGGAACUCGGAUUGAUCACAUGGCACGAGUCCGCCGUGGGUAUUUUGUUCAUCAUUGUGGUCAUUUUAUGGUUCUUUAGGAGUCCCGGAUUCAUGGACGGUUGGCCUACUUAUAUCACGAAGUUGAGUGUUAAGGAUUCGACGGCAGCCGUGUUUGUAACGAUAGUAUUUUUCAUUCUCCCGGCGAAGUUAGAUUUCUUGCACGCGUUCGACAAGGAUCCGCAUAAACGGCCUACCCAACCAUCUCCUGCUCUUAUAACUUGGAAAACAAUACAUCAGAAAAUGCAUUGGAGUUUGAUAAUGGUGUUGGGUGGUGGGUUCGCUAUUUCGGCUGGCAGCACUUCAUCAGGACUGUCAGAGAUGCUUGGUCAGUCCUUGUCGGGUUUGCAGAAGAUCAAUGUGGUGGCGAUACUAGUAAUCGUCUGUUUAUUCGCCGAGACCGUGACGGAAUUAACUGCCAAUGUGGCUGUAGCAAACAUCAUAUUGCCAGUAUUAGCGGAAAUGUGUGUAGCGAUAAAAAUACAUCCUUUGUAUUUAAUGCUACCAGCGUCUCUCUGCUGCUCAUUUUCGUUUCACUUGCCAGUCGGUACCCCACCGAACGCGAUUGCCAGUGCCGCGGGACAUAUAAGAACGAAGGACUUUAUGUUCGCCGGUAUCGGUCCUAGCAUCGUCACGCUCAUCAUCACCGUGGCGACAUUCCCCACAUGGGGCACAUACGUAUUUAAUCUAUCGAAGUUUCCCGAAUGGGCGGUAUAACGCGAUGUUACACGCCAUAGUUUCAUAUUCUAUUUAUUUUUGUUCCAUUGAUGUGGACGUAACUAAGACAAUGACAAAUAUUUGUUGCGCACAAAUACAUACAAACAUUUUCAUCUUGCCUAAUUUGUUAAUUUUUUUCUUACAAAUCCCAAGUUCUAAAUAUAUAUGAAGUUGUAACACGUUAAACGCAACUUGACGCAAUUCCAACAUUGGUUACAUACAAUAGUUGAACUAUUGGUAGCUCAAAAAUGUAAUUGAUAUUACUAACCAAUGAAGAAAUAUACUGAGUUUGCACUAGAUUAAAGGUUUGAAGAAAUUUGUGAUCUGUGAAUAAACUUUCACAGAAAAACAAGUAAAUAAUGGGAAAUUAUUCUGCGAUCUGUACAUUGAUAAUAGUACUGUAUUAUAGUAUUGAAAUAGCAUAUUGUUUACGUAAUGAACACGAAUGAGCAUCUUGUACAAGUGCAACAAAAUAUAUAUAUAUACACUUGUAUAAGAGUAUUAUAUUAAAAUAACUUUACAGUAUAUCAUUUCUUCCAUGAGAAAUUAUAUAUAUACAUAUGUAUAUUAUAAUAAGUUCCCAAGAGAGAGAAUAAAGAACACAGUGUCUUUUUUCCUCUUA